AUGGAGCAAAGGAAAUUAUCUAAUAUACAAAAAACAAUCACUGAAUUAUUCAAAAGGAAUAACAUGCUAUGCAAAAUCAAUCCAACUGUAACAACGCAAAACCAUCUCUAUUCUAUUAUUUCAUAG